GCUGUGCCAUGCCAGGUUGGAGCCCAUCACCUUGGCAUCAGUUCAGGUGGGGCAAAGCAGCCCUUUGGGGAGGGGGGGCCAGGCUGACACCAGGCUUUGCCCCCCCAGAACGGCCAGCGUGGGCGCAUGGACAGAGGGAACUCCCUGCCCAGCAUGUUGGAGCAGAAGAUCUACCCCUAUGAAAUGCUGAUGGUGACAAACCGAGGCCGUGUGAAGCUGCCGCCCGGCGUGGACAGGACCAGGCUGGAGAGACACCUGUCCCCCGAGGAUUUCCUGAAGGUCUUCGAGAUGCCCCCGGAGGAGUUCAGCAAACUGGCCCUCUGGAAGCGCAACGAGCUGAAGAAGAAAGCGUUCCUGUUCUGAGCCCCGCCCGGCCCCCAGCUCAGUCCGUGUCGCGCCCUGUACCCGCUUUAGGGCUCUCAGCCGGUUUUUAGGGUGUCCCCCACCCCCACCCCUUUCCCACACCCCCAGAUCUGCUGCCCCACCCCUCACCUGGUCUCGCUCCUCCAGUGGGAAACCAGGCCAGGGCAGGGGGGGUGGGAUUGAACCUGCCUCGCCACGGGGUGAUGGGGCAGCCCCCGCCCCAGGGCAGGCACGGUUCAGCCAGGAGGGGUGGUUUGGGGGGGGCUGUCUGGGUUUUGUGCCCCCUUUCUGCCCCCCAAAUUGCCCCCCCCCCAGGGACUGCUGGCAGGGGCAGUGCCUGGCUCUGCUUUUGGCCAGCCUGGAGCGCAUGGGCUCCGGUGGGUGGGCACUGGGUGGGGGGGGUUCCCUCCUCCCUGGGGGUCUGCUGCCUUCAGCCCCCUCAGCCUGGCUGCCCCUGUGCCCCCCAGGGUGCCCCUGUGCCCCCAGGGGUGCUCCUCCCCACCCUGAGACUUGGGAAGAGCCUGAGGGCCGACUCACUGCCAGACUGAUGUUCUCCUGGGAAAAAAAACAGGCUGCCAUCCCACCUUGCUCCACUCCAGCCCCCCACCCCUCACUUUUGACACCCCCCGGGUCCCUCCCGUGCCAGCUGCUGCAGCGAGGGCCCCCAAGGACACUGCCAAACCCACCUGGCACCGGGCUGGAGCAGGGUAGGGCUGGGAGGGGGGUGAGGGGGAGCACGCGGGAUGAGUUGGGGGGGGUCCCAGUGGGAUCCUGAGGCAGCUCCCGGUGCAUUUCCGUGGGCAGAUGUGCCCAGGGGGCAGGGGAUGCACUGGGGGUGGUAGAGCAGGGGAAGGGGGGGAUGCACUUGGGGGGGUGCAGGAGGGCACGGGGGCGAUAAACUGGGCAACGACGAAUCGGGGCAAUGGAUUGGAGCAGGGCACGGCUCGAUGGGCACCGUGGCCACCGGGGGGCUGGGCAGUGUCCCUGUCCCCAUUCCCCCUUCUCCUGGCCGCGCAGGCAGGGCUCGGCACCAGGCAGCACCUCCCCUUCUCACAGCCCUCCCCUCUCCCCGCACACGUUUUGGGCAGGACCCCUCUCCCCUCCACCCCGCACCAACCCCCUCCCCACCACGCUCCCCGGUUUCUGUUUCCAGCCACUUUCCAGCCGCUAGACCUUGUUGGGAUGUAAAGAAUGUAAUUUAUCGGGAAUUCACUGGCCCAUACUUGCCUUUCACUGCUACAAACGACAUAUCUAUAAAUAUAUAUAUAAAUAUGGGUUGUUUUCGGACUGGACUACAGUGAUUCACUUUCUCUGUUUUUGUUAGAGUUUAUUUUAUUUGCUGGUGUCGGAGAAUCCGCGUGAGAGUGAUUUUUUGCUUACAAUUAAAGGUGAAAUGGCUUUA